AUGGUGCGGCUGUUAAUUCUCCUGCUCGCAUUUAAUUCCCAUUCGUUCGCGAUGGAGAGGUUCAUAGCUUCUAAGAAUCUGAAUGCCGACUUGAUGAACAUUGCUGAAAGCGCUGCACAGCCUGGAUUUCAAUGCCGUAAGACUUCAUCAGGGAGAGAAAUACAAGAAAACUUUCCGAUACGUAAAACACGAGUGGCGCCUGAUUUUCACGGAGUCGAACUGAAAGUUGGCUUCGUCAAUUGCUCGACAGUUAACACGGAGAUAUCGAACAUAUACCGGAACAUCCUACGCGAGCUGGGAGCGUAUUACAACUUCACGUACUCGGCGAUUCCCUUCUGUAGCGGCGGCUUCAGUAAGGUCGUAGCUGAGGUUGAAGCCGGCCGCAUGGACAUGGCGUGCGACAUGAGCAUGCAUCCGGAGCGAGCGAAGCUGCUGAGAUUUCUGCAGCCGAUCUUACAGAGCUACUACGUUCUGCUCAUCAAAUUCCCGGAGAAGAAAACGCAGACGAAACUGAACAUCUUCGUGCCCUUCACGACCUUGACGUGGGUUCUCAUUGUCGCGUGCAGUCUUGUCAUUACUGUUCUGCUGCCCGUGCUGAAAUACCUGAGCCUGUCCGCCGACAGCCCACGAUGCAUCUGGCAUGGACUUAGCUCUGCUGCCGUCUACGUUUUCGGCACGCUUACCAACCAAGGCGGAACCUGGGUUAGCGGCAGAAUUGCCGAUCGCACACUGCGGUUCUCUUGGUGGACGUUUGUAAUCGUGAUCCUCGGCACGUACACGGGUAGUCUCGUGAGUUUCCUCUCCGUGGACACAGAGGUGGCCUACCCGUUCACGUCCCUGCACGAAGCUGCCAACUAUCCGAUCACGCCUACCAUCGUACCCGGGUUCAUAGACGAAGCCCUACUCAAGGGAAGCCCACCAGAGUCAGACCUGGGGAAGAUGUGGAAGAAGGUGCUUGCCGACCCCGACGCGGUGGUCCACAGUACAGAUGAGGCUAUAGACCGAGUCCUCACUGGGAAAUACACGCUAUUUGUCGACGGUGAUUGGUAUGGAACAUUGCACGCACAGAGAGACUACAGGCGCUCGGGGGAAUGUAGACUAGCGAUGGUGCCGAUCACUGUACUACCGACUAGCACUACGUGCGUGCUUGCGUACGGUGACCCGUACUAUGAGCGGCUGAACGACGGAAUCACCAUACUACAUCAGAGUGGCAUCCUGCAGAAAUGGACGGAUGACAUGCUUAAGGUGCCUGGGUGUUUGCGAGAGCAGAUAUCUGUGUCAGCGAACGUGAUACUGCUGCCGUACCUACAGAACCUGUUUACCUUCCUACUGCUCGGUGUGCUUGUCGGCGGAUGCUGCUUGUGCAUAGAACUCUUAAUCAGCUUCAUGAAAUACCUCGAGGUUAAAAAGCAAAGUAAGACCAUGGAUUGCGAGAGGGUUUGA